AUGCCUCCCGAUAGAGAGCACCAAAACACCCAUGGCGCGCUCCGAGACACCUCUCCAACGUUUGCGGCAAUCAUUGCAUUGCUUGAGAUGCAGUAUCCCAAGAUUUACAUAGACUUGAAUUCUCCUCAAGUGGACUUCGGUUUUUUGCCCUGUGUUGAGCAAACGACCGGCCGGGGACACUCCAGCCCGACCACCAUCAAGCACCUAUUCAUCGGCCUGGACAGCACCGAAAUACCACCGCCAGACGUCCGUGUCUCGAGAAUCGGGUGGGAAUGGGAAACCCUCGUCUCUCUGUUCCCUUUCGCCCUCCGGGCAUGCAAGUCCGUGACCCUGCAGACCAGCAAGAGGCUCACGCUCUGCUCGUACCGCACCUUCCUCCUCUCCGUCUCCACCGCCUUCCCCGCGCUCACCCACCUCGACCUCGACACCUCACUCUGCCCGGACUGGACCGCGCUCAAGCACCAGAAGCCCACGUUCGCCGGCACGUCCUUCCCCGCGCUCGCCUCCCUCCGCCUCGCGCACGCGCUCGAGUGCCGGUGCGCGGCGCUCCGCGGCGACCUCCACGGCGACCGCUGCCUCUUCCGCGGGGUCGCCGCGGCGUGCCCCGGCCUGCGCCGCGUGCGCGUCGACGGCGCGGGGACGCUGGCGGGGGCGAAGCUCCCGUCGACGGUGCGGACGCUCACGGUCGUCGCGCGCGCGAUGGGCAUCCCGGGCCGCGCGCUGGAGAGCACGUUCCUCGAGUACCACGUCGUCGCCGCGGUGCGGCGCGGGCUCUUCUGCGAUGUCGGGGAGCGGGGAAGCGGCGGGGGCGGCGUGCGGAAGGUGGAGGUGUUGAGUUCCACCUGCGAGGUGUUCGCGUUGGAUAGGCGCUACGGCGGCCGCCUUCUCGUCCUCGCCGCCGUGCCUACCACCGCAGUUGCCGGCGCCGCGCUCGCGCCCCCCGCCAUCGGAUUCGCUAGCACUGGUGUCGUUGGAGGGAGCAUCGCCGCCGGCCUCCAGUCAGUCAUGUACGGCGGCGCGACGGGCGGCAUGUUCGCCGCACUCCAGUCCGCGGGCGCGACCGUGGUCGCGCCCGCCGCCGCCCACGUCGUCGCUGCCGCCAGCUCCGCCGGUCUCGGAUUCGGCAUCCUCGCCAGCGACGGGAGCGGGGCGGCGGAGAAGGGCAAUGGCUCGCGGGGCGCGGCGGAUGGGGAAGACGAGAUGGCGGACGUCGGCGCGUCUGUGCCUGUCGACGUUCGUCCUGAGACUGUGGCCGUCGAGGUUCUUGCUGAGACUAAGAGCGAACUGUAG